UCCCUGCCAAGUCGGUUUGAAAAGAGCAGACAAAGGCUUUGAGCCCAGGACGCCCCUCUCUCUCUCUCUCACUCUGCCUACAAAGCCAACCUAGCUCUAUCUUUUCUGCUUUUCUAUCAUGGAAAUGUUUUCUAAUAGGCGGCGUUAAGAGUGUUGGUUUAAUUUUUACUUUCUUUUUCUGAAAUGUACGACCGUCUGGAUCCCCGCUCGGCCGAGAGAGGAAGGCUUUUCGUAGGUAUAAUACAAGGAAGCGUCGUCUGAGAGAGGGAGAGAGAGGGGGAAGGAUUGACGCUUUUUCCUCCUCUCCUCCUCUUUCCUUUCGCCCCCUCUCCUCUUUUUGGCGGAGACAGGAGUUGAGCCAGGAAUAAACGCUUUUUUUGUUUUGCCCUUUUUUUAAUGCAUUUGAAUCCUACUGCGCAACGAGACCGGAUCACGUGGUGUUGGAGAGAGUUGGAUCGAUUUUGCACAGUUCAAUGUGAGAAAAAGAGAGAGAAACAAACAACUCCAAUUUCUUUUUUACUUCUGUGGAUAACUGGGACUGUUGAUACUUUUGCAUAAUUGCAAGAGAAGGGGAGUGGGUUCAUUUUCAGCCUUGGAGGUGUGGAGUAUUAAUUCUUAUAUGCCUGGGGUUUGAAAAACAAUGGAGACGCACAUUUCGUGCCUCUUCCCGGAAAUUUUGGCCAUGAUUUUCAGCUAUCUGGACGUGAGGGACAAAGGCAGGGUAGCCCAAGUGUGUAUCGCUUGGAGGGACGCAUCCUACCACAAGUCAGUGUGGAGGGGGGUGGAGGCCAAGCUGCACCUCCGCCGGGCCAAUCCCUCGCUGUUCCCCAGUCUCCAGGCCAGGGGCAUCCGAAGGGUCCAGAUCCUGUCCCUGCGUCGCAGCUUGAGCUAUGUGAUCCAGGGAAUGCCUAACAUCGAGUCCCUCAAUCUGUCCGGCUGCUACAACCUCACGGAUAACGGGCUGGGUCAUGCAUUUGUGCAGGAAAUCCCGUCCCUGAGGGUUUUGAACCUGAGUCUGUGCAAGCAGAUCACAGACUCCAGUCUAGGCAGAAUAGCCCAGUAUCUCAAGAACCUGGAGGUGCUGGAGCUUGGCGGCUGCAGCAACAUCACCAACACUGGGCUUCUGUUGAUAGCCUGGGGCCUCCACAGGCUCAAGAGUCUCAAUCUGAGGUCCUGCCGGCAUGUCUCAGACGUGGGGAUCGGACAUUUGGCGGGCAUGACUCGCAGCGCAGCGGAGGGCUGUUUGAACCUGGAGUACCUGACUCUCCAGGACUGUCAAAAACUGACAGAUCUGUCACUCAAACACAUUUCCAAGGGGCUGACCAAGCUCCGGGUACUGAACCUGAGCUUCUGCGGGGGGAUCUCAGAUGCAGGAAUGAUCCACCUCUCCCACAUGGCCUCCCUUUGGAGCCUCAACCUACGCUCCUGUGACAACAUCAGCGACACAGGCACCAUGCACCUCGCCAUGGGCACCCUAAGACUCUCUGGGCUUGACGUGUCCUUCUGUGACAAGAUAGGGGAUCAGACCCUGGCAUACAUUGCCCAGGGGCUGUACCAGCUCAAGUCUCUGUCCUUGUGCUCGUGUCACAUCUCUGACGAUGGGAUAAACCGGAUGGUGAGGCAGAUGCACGAGCUGAGGACCCUGAACAUUGGACAGUGUGUGCGUAUCACGGACAAAGGGCUGGAGCUCAUAGCUGACCACCUGACCCAGCUGGCGGGCAUCGACCUGUAUGGAUGUACCAAGAUCACCAAGAGGGGACUGGAGAGGAUCACACAGCUCCCCUGCCUUAAAGUGUUGAACCUGGGACUCUGGCAGAUGACAGAGAGUGAGAAAGUGAGGUGAUUGGAAAUGUUUAGUUUUUUUUUGGUUUUCUUUCUGGAUGG